GUCGAGCGAAGCAUUGCUCCAUGUGGUGACUGGGAUCUAGGCUACCUCCGAAGCUGUAGAGACAAGUAUGCUGUGCGAAAUCCCAAGCGGCAAAUGAGAACUGCUGAGGGCUUGCCACUGAAUCAGGAACUCCUUAAGAAGGCGGAGGAGCUGAGACAGAGCGGCUCUUCUACGCCUGCCGGCAGGGCAGGUGGACCAACGGCCAAGUUCACUCGCACCCAGGUCCUGGCCGGCCAGGAAGGAGCCUUUGAGAGACUCUUGCGCUUUUCUCUUUACAACCAGAACUCCAUUGAGAACUUGCAAUGCGGCUCGAAUGUGGUGAUCAUUUUGCAAAAUGAUUCCCUGAAGACGGCAAUGCAAGAGCAGCUAAAGUUCUACGAGGAGGCCAGACCAACGGUCUCGCAGGAUGAUGGCAUGAAGGGAGUCUUCAAGCCGCACCCCUUGGGAGAGAGGAAAGUCUACCUGCUGGUAGCGUUGCUUGAGGCAUUGGACAAGGUGGGGCAGCUCAAGAACACUAAGUACUUGGAGACGUUCGCCAAGCUGGCUAGCACGGACACGGAGGUGCUGGAUUUCUCUGUUGGCAUGUUUGCGCCCCGUUUUCCUACACCAAAGGAAGGCCGUCCAUGGGUCUUUGAAUUGGUAGUGGGGGCGCUAGCCACGGAAGAGUUCAGGAGCACUUUGCGCGAGCUCGUGGCUAUCUCCACCCAGUUUUCCGAAAAAAUUGUGCGCAUCGAGCUGGCUCGUAAAGGACAGACGGAGUUGAAGAAGGCCUUGUGGGAUGACUUGCGGGCCAUCCAAGGGGCAGGCCGGCAGUGA